AUGGGGCCGGGAGAUCUCCCCCUCCCCUCGUCAUGUUGCCCGGUUUCCAAUUCCCUCACGGAUGGGCUUUGGCAGGAUGCAUUGCAUGGGGACAGCAAGGCAGGAGCACCAGCAGGCUCAGCGGUGCGGGGGAACGAGGGGGGCGAGCAGCAGGCGUGCGAGGGCAGGGGGCUGUCUCUGGAGCAGUUUGAGGUGGUGCUGCGGCGAGUGGAGGGGCAGAUGAAGACCCUGCCACGGCACGGCACUGGUGGCGGCGCAACAGGGGCAGUACGUGGCGCGCUGCUUUAA